AUGGAUAAUCAGUCGUAUAGUGGAUAUAAUACACCGGGUUCCAGCUUCCUUCAGGAACUGACCGUAGAGGAUGGCACGAAAGGUGUGUUUGCCGGUGGCCAAUCUUCUCAGCAGCCCCCUUAUCCGACUUACCAGGUUCCCAAUUCUACAAAUUACCCGACAGCUUCAGACGUCCCUCCUAGCUCUUAUUACAAUGGUCAGUACAAUGCAGAUUCUUAUUAUUACAAUCAUCCGUCGUACCCUCAAAGAGGAAAGUAUCCAGAAAAUUAUCCUGCAGGCCAAGCUAUGCCCUCCCAACCUACACCCCAACGGUCAGUUUCUGGACAGUCUUCUAUGAACCCCUCAUGGCCAGAUAACCAGCAGUUACCACAAUAUCAAUCUGAUCCCUAUGCUCCUCAGUCUACAUUCCAUUCUGGCGGUAACGGUAGCUCUAGAAUUUCCGCAUCUAAUUUUGCUUCAAGUCAUAUGCCUGUUGCUAGCGGCUCCUCUCAACAACCGUCAUAUCAAAAUUCCUCUUAUCAGACUUCUUCAUCACUCUAUUGUCACAGUGAAACUAGCUAUUCUGGUAUGCCACAACACGCACAUUCUUUGUCAGUUAACGGUGAACCCCAAAUGAAUCUAUAUUCUCAGGAAUCUCGAAUUCCUCCUCAUCCUUCUACUAAUAUCUCUUACCAACAACUGCCAAAAUCUUCUCCCAGGCCACUCCCAAAGCCGGUCAUUAAUCAACCUGUUCCUCCUUAUCCCACUCAACCUAGUGUUAUGGAGUCAACUAAAGCUCUGCAGCAUUUUGUCAACACUCAAUGUCCUCCAGCAUCAUCAUCAUCACAUGAGCUUCCGUUGCAAAACCCUAGUCCUCCAUCCCUCCCAGUGCCAGAAGACCGCCGUUGUCUUCCAGCUGAUAAACAGUCAAAACCAGUAUCUUCAGCAAUUCCAGACGUUCCAGUCAUUGAAGUCACAAAACUUGGCCCACUUCAUGUCAAGUCUCCAGCGAUGUCAAGCCAAUCUCAUCUCCAUCAGACAUCACCAAAUCUUCCUUCUUCAGCGACGGCUUUUUCACCAAACUUUGACCAGGCUCAAAGAGAGGCCAGCCCUCCACCUCCAAAUUUGAAAUCGCCACACUCACUUCAAAGCCCUCUGCCUAUUUCCACACCAAUUGACAACCAAGCUCCUCCCAUUCUCCCGAAAGAAGAAAUUGAAGGCGAUAAAGAGCUGAGUAUGGAUCAAUCUGAUUACGUUCCAGCUCCUGAACUGGGAAAAUCUGAUCUAGAAACUGAGAGCCCUCCUCAGAAGAAACAACGGGGAUGUAAGAGGAAGUUAGAAGGGAAUGAAGAAACCGCAGAUACAAUCGGUAGUCCCUCAAGACCCCGCAAAAAACGGUCUGAGGGGAAGCGGAAGACUGAAAGUUGCGAUCAGCCAGCGAAAAGAGCACGCAGAAAGACUAUUCAAACGAAAUCAGAUGAGAUGGAAGAUAAACAGAACGAGUCUGAGGCUAUUGAGGAGAAAAUGGAAGUUUCAACAAGCGCUGAAGUUUCUUUUGAAUUGCCUUUGUUGGAUGAGGACGAAGAUACGAUGGCUGCUUCGGUAGCCGCACCAACAGAUGACGAAUCUGUCGCUGCAACAACGACUACGACAGAGGAAACAGCCUCUGAGAUUGUGCUCAAACCUCCCAGACCUCCACCCCGAGUUCGAGCACCAAAGCCGAAGAAAAAGAAAACUUUGAAAUCCUUGAUGAAAAAGAAGCGACGAUGCGGUUACUAUGGCGAGCAAUCUGACGGCACGGAAUCGGAAGACGAUUCCCCUGCCGAAAGACCAGUUAAACGCGGAGCUCAAAAGGCAUCCUCCUCUCUCAGUCUACAUUCGCAAUUUGCUGAGGAUAACCCUCUUGACAGUUCAUCGAGAAGGUCAGGACGCCGAGCAGCAGAUCGCAAGAAGUACACAGUCGAAAGUGCUGAUUUCGGUCUCUCGGAUGAUGAGGAUUCUGACGAAACUGAUAAUGGCACUGUUGAGAACUCAAGAAAACCCUCUGAUGCUGAUUUCGUGGAGAUAAAAGUCGUUGAAAAGAUUCUUGGUCGACGAAUGUCGACACGACCUGUCAAGAAGUCCUCACCUUCAGUCAGUUCCACCAAGGGGGAACCGACUUCCUCUGAAAAGCGUGAAGAAGAACCAUUUGCUGCUUCAGUAUUGAAUAAUAUUCAAGUUCCGAAGCAAAGCGGUGAAUCCAAAGAAGCCUUCAGCCUAGAAAAGACGGAAAAUGAACAAAAAAACCAAGAAGAGGAAGAGGAGGAACAGAUAGAAGAAUUCUACAUCAAGUACAAAGGAUUCUCCUACAUGCACUGUGAAUGGAAAGCCCUAGAUGAAAUUGAAGACCCAAGAUUUGGAACUAAAUUGAAGAAGUUCCUCGCGAAGAACGGUGGUAACGACUCCCAACCGGAUGACGACGAGGGCACAACGGUUCUUUUUAACCCCGAUUAUGUGGAAGUAGAGAGAGUUCUAGACAUUCGAAUCUACGACAAAGCUACAGGUGCAAUUGUCACAGAUGAUGUGUUGAAUCCUGACGGAACAACCAAACGCCAACCUCGAAGUCAGAAGAAGGUCAGCAAGAAACGUGGAAGACCUCCCAAAUCAACUACCAAGGAAGAAGACAUAGAAGAUGAUACUACAAAUACUCCUGAGACUGUUGAGUCUGAUGCUCAAGAGGAGGAAGAUGAGCAGCCCACUACAGUAACUUAUUAUCUUGUUAAGUGGCGAUCUCUCCCUUAUGAGCAUUGUACUUGGGAGCUAGCUGAAGAUGUUGAUCCCGCAAAAGUAAAAGAAUUUAUGAGGAUUAGGAAUCCGCCUAAAAAUCCACCGGUUAUUCGGGACUCAAAUCAUAGGAUUAUUCGACCUGAUCCGUCAGAAUGGCAGAGCAUAACUAUUGAUGAAGUCUAUCGAAAUGAUAAUAGACUUCGUGAAUACCAAGUUGAAGGCGUUAAUUGGCUGUCCUACUGCUGGUAUAACAAGAGAAACUGCAUUCUAGCAGAUGAAAUGGGUCUGGGAAAAACCGUACAAUCGAUCGCUUUUCUGCUCGAAGUCGUAAAAUCGGGUGUCAAUGGUCCCUUCCUUAUCAUCGUUCCCCUCUCAACUGUCGGUAAUUGGCAAAGGGAAUUCGAAAACUGGUCAGAUCUAAACGCUAUUGUCUACCACGGCAGUUCAGUCAGUCGUAAAAUGAUUCAGGAUUAUGAGCUCUUCUACUUCAAAAAGAAACCCUCUGGAUCUAAUAGUUCUCUGUCCAUUCUCUCCAGUGCCAAUUAUCGGCAUGAUGUUUAUAAAUUCAAUGCUCUCAUCACAACAUUCGAGGUUCUUAUGUCCGACAUUGAAUUUUUCAGUAAAAUGCACUGGGCUGUGGCAAUCAUUGACGAGGCACAUCGAUUGAAAAACAAGAAAUGCAAACUUGGCGAGGGCCUGCGUUACCUUGACUUUGAUCAUCGAGUGCUUCUAACGGGAACCCCGUUGCAGAAUAACGUUGAAGAACUAUUUGGUCUACUCAACUUCCUUGACCCUCAGCGGUUUGGAUGUGCAACGACAUUUCUCACUGAGUUUGGCGAAUUGAAAACGGAGGAGCAGGUUGAGGAUUUGAAGAAACUUCUCAAACCAAUGAUGCUUCGAAGACUUAAAGAGGACGUUGAGAAAAGUUUAGCCCCGAAAGAGGAGACUAUAAUCGAAGUUGAGUUGACCAACCUUCAAAAGAAGUACUAUCGAGCUAUUAUGGAAAGGAAUUUCAACUUCCUUUGCAAGGGAACUACCGGAUCUAACAUGCCUAAUCUCAUUAAUGUAAUGAUGGAGCUACGAAAGUGCUGUAAUCAUCCCUUCCUUAUUAAGGGAGCUGAAGAAGCUAUUCUAGCAGAACAGAGGUCUCAGGCAAACGAAGACCCCUCUAAACCCUACAACGAAGAACAGCAAAUGUUUAAUGCAAUGCUGAAUGCUUCAGGGAAGCUAGUCUUGAUUCACAAGUUGCUACCAAAGCUGAAAGCGGGUGGUCAUAAGGUUCUUGUCUUCUCACAGAUGAUUCGAGUGUUGGAUAUUCUUGAGGACUAUUUAGUCUACCAGGGAUUCAGUUACGAGAGAAUAGACGGACGAAUUCAUGGUUUACUACGUCAAGAAGCUAUUGAUCGUUUUUGUAAUGAUAAACAGAAGUUCGUAUUCCUGCUUUGCACAAAAGCUGGGGGGUUGGGGAUCAACUUAACAGCUGCAGAUGUUGUCAUCAUCUAUGAUUCAGAUUGGAAUCCACAAAAUGAUCUCCAAGCUCAGGCGCGUUGUCAUAGAAUUGGUCAACAAAAGAUGGUGAAAGUUUAUCGUUUAAUCACACGCAACACUUACGAAAGGGAGAUGUUCGAUAGGGCCUCUCUAAAACUUGGUCUGGAUAAAGCGGUUUUACAGUCUACUGGUGCCAAUGCAAGACAAGCUCAACUGAGCAAGAAGGAGGUUGAAGAACUACUAAAGAAGGGAGCUUAUGGAGCCCUAAUGGAUGACGAUAAAGCAGGAGAUGAUUUCUGUGAGGAAGAUAUUGACCAAAUACUCCAGUCUCGUUCUCAUGUUGUCCAGCUUGAACAAGGAGAGAAGAACUCCACCUUCUCUAAGGCAACUUUCUCCAUCUCCGAUACUCGCAAUGAUAUCGCUCUGGAUGAUCCAGAUUUCUGGCAGAAAUGGGCAAAGAAAGCCGGUGUGGAGCAAGUUGGUCUGGAAUACGAGGAUCUGAUAAUGACAACUCCACGUCAACGUCGGCAGACGAGUCGCUAUACUGCCGAACUGAACGAGCAAGCAGCUAACAAUAGCCUCUCUCACGCGGCCAGUGGCUCUCGUCUUCAGAAUGGUAAAAAUGGCGCUGGUAGUAAUGGCGAAUCCUCUGAUGGUCAGUCUAGUUCUGAUGAAAGCUCCGGUGGAGAUGAUGAUGGAGUUGAAGGAAAUGCCUCUGGGAAGUCCAGACACAAGAAAGGCAAAAGGAAUCAGCGAAGUGACGCUGAAAACACCAACAGAGUGGAUCUCUUCCGAGUCGAGAAGUGUCUAUUUACUUGGAGUUGGGGUCGAUGGGCUUAUGCUCUGGAUAACAUUCCCUUUAAACAGAUCUUCACAGAAUUGGAAUUACAGAGAGUUGCUCGGUGUAUUCUUCGCUACAUUCUUAAGGGUUCUCAAGUGCUAAAUGCCAGUGGAGAUGGCCGAAUUCGUGCUGUAAUCAUGGAAAUGAUUAACUCUAGUGAUCCUAACACCCUUAAAACCAUUCCUGAUAUAGUUCAGGCUUUGAAAAACUCAAAUAAUGCCGUCACAGGAGUGGGUAGUUCAGUUACUCGACGAUCAAGAAAAUUGGGAGGUCCCAGAGAAACAGACUCCCCGAAUGCUCCUAGCACUCCAACUACACCUAACACAAAUAUGACGUUUGAUGUAGAUACCCCGAGACAGGAGGACCCCGAAAGCGUAAAAAGAGAGGACGAUGACUUUGGAAUUGCUAGUGACUCAUUCAAACGUCAUUUAGCCCGUGCUGGUGGUCGUCUACUAGUCCGAGUGUACAUUCUGUAUUUCCUGCAUACGGAGAUUGUUGGUUUGGAACAAGCUGAUGGACUGUGUGAUGGAACCCUUGAUCACACUGCCUUCGUCCAACUUGCCGAAAGCCUUCCGCAACUCAGGGCACUGGAUGCGGAUGUUCCGGCGGAAUGGUGGGAUUCGUGCUGUGAUAAGUGUCUCCUUUUGGGUGUUUUUAAACACGGCUGGGAAAAAUAUGCUGCCAUUAGAGAUGAUCCCGCUUUCUGUUUCUAUAGACGUGUUUAUGGGCAAGAUGCUCCUAAUAUCCCAAUUCCUUCUACAGUCGGCAGUUUGAAAAUGGUUGAAACUAAAACAACCGAACAACCGAAGAAGCCUGAAUCAUCAUUAUUAAAGCCUGAAGAAAAAGAAGACAAUGAUAAAGAGACACCACUAGCUAUUGAUUGUGAAUUGAAAGAGGCUCAAGAUGAGGACUUGAAGAAAGAACCACCUUCCAAAGUAAUGGGGGAGGAAGAUGUUGAAUUACCUCAACCUCUUCUCCUGUUCCCAACAGCUGUAGAUUUGAAUAGUCGAAUGCGAAAACUAAUUGCUUACUUCCAGCGAAUUCGUGCCCAGGUUGAAAUGGAGGCUUUGCAUAGUCUCCGUGCUGAAUUCACUCCAACCAUUACUCCUCAAUCCUACCUUGAUCAACGCAUCAAAUGGUCCCGUCGCGAGGAGGCGGAUUUCUACCGUGUUGUGUCCAGCUUCGGCGUGGAACAAGUUAUGCGAUCUCCACACCAAUCUCCGACAAGUUCAACGACUCGAGGACAACUGGGACGCGUCUUUGCUGGAUAUAAUUGGACUAACUUUAAGGGAUUAGCUAACCUCUCGAAAAAGAAUGAUCAAGCUAUCACGGAGUACUACAACGCUUUCUUUACAAUGUGUCAUCGUGUUUGCAAGGAACCCCUGCCUGAGGGUAAGCAUCAAAAUACACCUAUCUGCUUUAACUUGCAGCGUUAUUGA